CUCGAGUCAGCGUCAUCAAAGAAUUUUCCGAGCGGAAAAAUUCCAGAAUUUGUUAAACAAAUGGAGCAAAAAUUGGAAUGGCUUGAAGCCCAGAAGAUAGAGAUAAGCGUUGACCUCUUUGCUGCAGCCAAGCAACAGCUCCGGUUCCUCGCAGCUGUUGAUCGGGACCGGUGGCUCUACGAAGGCCCUUCACUUGAAAGAGCCAUCUACAGAUACAAUGCUUGCUGGCUUCCUCUGCUUGCCAAAUACACUGAGUCUUCUUCGGUCUGUGAAGGACCAUUAGUUCCUCCUCUUGAUUGUGAAUGGGUUUGGCAUUGCCACCGGCUUAAUCCGGUGAGGUACAAGACUGAUUGUGAAGAAUUUUAUGGGAGAGUUCUUGACAAUUCUUGCGUUUUAUCUUCCGUUAAUGGAAGCUGCAAGCUACAAACUGAAAAUCUAUGGAAAGGAUUGUAUCCUAUGGAGCCUUAUGACCUUGAUUUGGACAUGGCAGUCUCAGAGCCAGAGGAUAUCUCAGCUCUUGAGAAAUUCACCAAAUACGAUCUUGUUUCAGCUGUCAAGAGACAAAGUCCGUUUUACUACCAGGUUUCAAGAACUCAUGUAGACAAUGACGUAUUUCUGCAAGAAGCUGUUGCUAGAUACAAAGCGUUUCUCUACUUGAUCAAGAGAAACCGAGAAAGGUCGAUUAAGCUUUUCUGUGUUCCCACUUACGAUAUUGAUCUUAUCUGGCACACACACCAGCUUCACUCUCUCUCAUACUGCAAGGAUUUGACCAAGAUGAUUGGUAAGGUCUUGGAGCAUGAUGAUACAGAUUCUGACCGUAGCAAAGGUAAGAAGCUUGAUACUGGUUUCUCUGGAACUACUGCUCAAUGGGAAGAAACAUUUGGUCUAAGGUAUUGGAAAGCCGGUGCAAUGAACCGAGGUAAUACUCCAAAGCCAGUCACAACAUCUCCUUGUGUUUUCUCCGGCAAGAAAGAGGAGGAGUCCCAGGAUGUAAUCAGAAUUCCAGAAGUGGAAGUCAUUGAGGUCAUCUUGGAGAUUGUUGGGGUUAAGAACUUACCAGACGCUCAUAAAGGAAAAGUCUUUGUUGUGUUCAGCAAAACCCAACCGGAUUCUCUGUUUAACGCUGAGCGUAGGCUUACCGUUUUAUCUGAGUCUUGUGGGGAAAAGCAGGUUGCUUUGUUCCAGUGUGAACCUACAGGAGAGCUUACUUUCCAACUAAUGUCUUCUAAGUCUAAAAGCUUAGGUUUUGCUUCUUUAUCGCUUUCGGAGUUUCUGUUUCCAGUGACUAAACUCUCUGUUGAGAAUUGGCUGGAGUUAACACCACUUAAAAGAGGAAAAGCAGAUGAUCCGAAUCCAAUCUCUCUGCAAGUCGCUGUCUCGUUCACGCCUCCUACUCGAAGUCCGACUGUUCUACAUUUGGUUCAAGCAAGACCUUCGCUAAAAGACUCUUGUUUCUUUCCUCUGAUCGGAAAGUCCCGUCUUGCAAAGAGUUUUACACGCGUUGUUGAUGAAACCGAAACAGAGGUGAUCAGCCUUCAAAUGAGAAACUCUAACGACGCAGCACCCAAAGGUGAUAGAAGACAAGUGGUUGGUGUGAAAGAGUGUGGUGAAACUCAUGUUAUGGCAGAGUAUGAAAGGGGUUUCUGGUCUUUGCUUGACUCUAAAUGGUCGCUUAAGCAGAAAAGAAAUCCUGCCACAGAUGGUCCUCUGUUUGAGAUUUCGGGUGCUCGAAUGGUGAAAGUUUACUCUGGAAGGAAGCUGGAGUAUGAGCCAAAACAUUGCGCAAAGCUAAGAAGCGAGCAAGAUUUCAUGACUGCUGUUGAAUUCUCAAAGCAACAUCCUUAUGGCAAAGCUGUGGGGUUGUUCGACUUGAAAUUAGGUUCUAUUGAGGCAAAUGAGAACUGGUUUGUUUUGCCUGGAAUAGUAUCUGCUUUCAUACUCAAUGAUCUUCCUAAGAAGGAAGGCUUCUGUGCUGCCCCGAAAGACACAGUGAAAGCUAAUGGAACAACAGAGGAAAUCAAGGAGACUGAAGUUUUCACUGCAAGAGAAACUCAAGUGAAGCUACGAGAAGAAGAAGCUAUGAUGAAUGUAGAGGCAGCUCCAGUUAUUGUGGCGGCAGAGAAGAUCGGUGGUGGUGCUAGGUGUUUAUCAAAGGAGCUAAACGCUAGCGGAGGCUGCGGUAGUCGUUGUGGUGGAAAAUGCGGAAACAUAGUUGAAGAAGAAGGUGGUCAUUGUGGUGGCUGUGGAGGUUGUGGUGGAUGUGGAGGAUGUGGCGGUGGUGGUGGGUGCGGUGGAGGCGGUGGAAGAUGUGGUGGAAUGACUAAGACCGGAGGUACCUGCACCGGCGGUUCCACUGGUUGCGGUAACUGCGGUGGAGGAUGUGGAGGAGGAUGUGGUCAUAUGAUGAAGAGUAUUGCUAAUGAAAAUGCUUCAUCUGUAUUAGCAAUAACUUAAGCUCUAAACGAUGCCGUUACAGCUUGAUUAUAUUCAAAUAAAGAAGACGAUAUCUAAAAACAAAAUGUAAUACAUGAAACUAGUGAGAGAUGUUUGUUACAUACAA